AUGGAGAUCAGAAAGGAGCUCACUCUGCAUGAAAGGCAAGUUCUGGUUUUCUUUGUUCUGCUGGGAUUGUGUCAGGCAGGUUCUGAACUGAAGUGCUACUCCAUCGCAGAGGAAAUGGAAAUCGGCUCUUUUGUAGCUAAUCUGGCCAGGGAACUGGGAGUGGGGGUGGAGCAGCUGGCCUCGCGGGAGGCCCGGGUAGUGUCUGAUGAUAAUGAGGACCACUUGCACCUUGAUCCUCUGACCGGCGAUUUGCUCCUAAGUGAGAAACUGGACAGAGAAGAAUUGUGCGGCACCACUGAGCCCUGCAUCCUGCCUUUUCAGGUAUUAUUAAAAAACCCUUUGCAGUUCUUUCGGGCUGAGCUGCACAUCAGAGAUAUAAAUGAUCAUUCACCCACAUUCCUGGACAAGGAGAUAAUUGUGAAAAUAUCAGAGAGUACUGCUGUUGGGACCACAUUUCUAAUGGAGAGUGCUCAAGAUCUGGACAUAGGAAUGAACAGCCUCCAGAACUACACAGUUAGUCCCAGUUCUCCUUUCUACAUGAAAAUUGUAGACGGUAAUGAUGGAAGGAUAUACCCAGAGUUGGUCUUACACAAAGCAUUAGAUCACGAGGAAGAACCAGAGCUUAGGCUGACGCUUACAGCACUGGAUGGUGGAUCCCCGCCCAAGUCCGGGACCACCUUGGUCCUCAUCCACGUCUUGGACAUGAACGACAAUGCCCCUGAAUUUGCUCAGAAUGUCUACGAGGUAGAAGUACCAGAAGACAAGGAAAUUGGCUCUAAAAUUAUCUCCAUCUCUGCUAAGGAUGCCGAUGCAGGAAAUUUUGGGAAAAUUUCGUACACACUUUUCCAUGCAUCAGAAGAUAUUCGGAAAACUUUUGAAAUCAACCCAACAACAGGGAAAAUUCGUCUAAAAUCCCAGCUGGACUUUGAAGGAAUACCAUCCUACAAUGUAAAUAUUCAGGCCACAGACGGUGGGGGACUCUCAGAAAAAUGCACACUUCUGAUUAAAGUACUGGAUGUAAAUGAUAACCCACCAGAAGUGACCAUUUCAUCAGUAAUAAGCACCAUUCCAGAAAACGGCCCAGAGACAUUAGUCGCUGUUUUCAGUAUCAGAGAUCCAGAUUCUGGAGACAAUGGAAGAACGGUUUGCUCCGUCCAAGAUGACAUCCCCUUUGUCCUGAAGCCUACAUUCAAGAACUUCUACACCCUGGUAACAGACGGACCACUGGACAGGGAGGCCAGGGCCCAGUACACCAUCACCAUCACAGUCUCAGAUCUGGGCACGCCCAGGCUGCAGAGCCAGCACAACGUGACAGUGCACGUGUCCGACGUCAACGACAACGCGCCCACCUUCAGCCAGGCCCUGUACACCCUGUUCGUGCUGGAGAACAACAGCCCCGCGCUGCACAUUGGCAGCGUGAGCGCCAGCGACAGGGACGCGGGCGCCAACGCCCAGAUCACCUACUCGCUGCUCACACAAGACCACACAACGCAGCAGCCACAGCCACAGGGACAGGAGCAGGGGCAGGCUCGGCCGCAGGUGGACGUGGGCGCGCUGGUGGCCCUGGACGCGGCGAGCGGGCAGCUGUUCGCGCUGCGCGCGCUCGACUACGAGACCCUGCGCGCCUUCGAGUUCGGCGUGCGCGCGUCGGACGGCGGGUCUCCGGCGCUGAGCGGCGAGGCGCGCGUGCGCGUGGUGCUGCGCGACGCCAACGACCACGCGCCGCGCGUGCUGUACCCGCCGCGCAACGGCUCAGCGGCGGGCGCGUGCCCCGAGCUGGUGCCGCGCGGCGCCGAGGCGGGCUACCUGGUGAGCAAGGUGGUGGCGGUGGACGGCGACUCGGGCCGCAACGCGUGGCUGUCGUACGAGCUGCUGCAGGCCACGGAGCCCGGGCUGUUCGGCGUGUGGGCGCACAGCGGCGAGGUGCGCACGGCGCGGCCUGUGAGCGAGCGCGACGCGCCGCAGCAGCGGCUGCUGGUGCAGGUGCGCGACCACGGCGAGCCGCCGCUCUCGGCCAGCGUGGCGCUGCACGUGCUGCUGGUGGACGGCUUCUCGCAGCCCUACCUGCCGCGGCCCGACGCGCCGGCGGGGAAGGCGGGGAAGGCGGGCUUGGCGGGACUGGCGGGUGUGGGGGGCGAGGCCGGGCAGGCGGAGGCGCUGACGGUGUCGCUGGUGGUGGCGCUGGCGGCGGUGUCUUCUCUGUUCUUGGCGUCUGUGUUGGCGCUGGUGGCCGCGCGGCUGUGUGGGCGUGGCGGUGCUGAGGGUGCUGUGGCUGUGGGGUCUGGGUGUGGGGUGUCUGUGGGCGAGGGUCACUUGUUCCCUGCGGGGGCUGGGUGUGGUGGUGUGGGUCCUCUGGUGGACGUGGGCGGGGCGGGGACGCUGUCUCACAGCUACCAGUAUGAGGUGUGUGUGAGUGGAGGGAGUGGGACAGGUGAGUUCAAGUUCAUGAAGCCCAUUAUGCCCAAUCCUCCGCCCCAGUUGGCUGGGGAGCAAAUAUUAGAAAAUUCUACCUUGAGGAAUAGCUUUGGAUUCAACAUUCCCAAAAGGGAGCCUUUGAAGAGAAAGGUGGAGCACCAACAGCCCCGCUGGAAACAGGAUUAUAGCUUCCCCAACGUCCCGGCUGACGAAUGGGAGCUGAAGAGAUCUGAUUUGGAAGGCUUCCUCAGAUGGACACUUGGCUACUCGGCCAUGAAGCUGGGAGAGGGAGCUUCGCUGCAGAUCAGGCAAGUGCUGCUUUUCUUUGUUUGCCUGCGAGGGUUUUUCGUGUGUUCUGAGACCUGGAGCUAUUCAGUGGCAGAGGAAACGGAGGUCGGCUCCUUUAUAGCUAACGUGGUGAAAGACAUGGGCUCCAGUGUGGAGGACCUGGCUGCGCGGAGGGCCAGAGUGAUAUUUGACAGCUACAAACCGUACUUGCGGUUGGAUCUACAGACUGGCAGCUUGCUCAUAAAUGAGCGGCUGGACAGGGAGGCACUCUGCGAUAUCACUGAGCCGUGUGUGUUGCAUUUCCAGGUAUUAUUUGAAAAUCCUUUGCAGUUUUUUAGGGCUGAGCUUUUGGUCAAAGACAUCAAUGACCACACUCCUACCUUCCUAGACAAACAAAUCAUUUUAAAAAUCUCAGAAGUUGCUCCUCCUGGAACCUCAUUUCAAUUGGAUACUGCGCAGGACUUAGAUGUAGGAAAGAAUGGUGUGCAGAACUAUACAUUAACUCCCAACCAUCAUCUCCACCUUGAAUGGCAAGACAGUGGUGAGGGCAAAAAAAUCCCAGAGCUGGUCCUGGAUUACCCUCUGGACCGAGAGAAGGAGCCUGAGCUUACUUUGACGCUGACAGCCUCAGACGGCGGAUCUCCACCCAGGUCUGGGACUGCGCUGAUUCGCAUCCUAGUCCUGGAUAUCAAUGACAACGCCCCUUUGUUUGAGAGGCCGGUCUAUGAAAUUCAAGUGCGAGAGGACAGCCCUGUGGACUCCUUGGUCAUCAAGGUGUCCGCUUCCGAUCUAGAUGCAGGGACAAAUGGAGAACUAUCCUAUUCGUUUUCCCACGUCUCCAGAGAGAUGCGAAAAAUGUUCGAAAUUCAUCCUAUUUCUGGUGAGGUACAUUUAAAAGCACGUCUGGAUUACGAGACCAUUCAGUCUUACACAAUUAACAUUCUGGCCACGGAUGGUGGGGGACUCUCAGGAAAAUCAACCAUUUUAGUUGGUGUUGAAGAUGUGAAUGACAAUCCACCAGAAAUAGCUAUGACGUCCCUGAACAACCCCAUCCAAGAAAAUUCACCUGAGCUGGUGGUCGCUGUUUUCAGCGUGCGAGAUCAGGACACCGGGGAAAACGGGAAGAUGGUAUGCUCCAUCCAGGAGGACAUCCCAUUUCUUUUGAAGCCCACCUUCAAGAAUUUCUACACCCUGGUAACGGACGGACCUCUCGACAGGGAGGCCAGGGCCCACUACACCAUCACCAUCACAGUCUCAGACCUGGGCACGCCCAGGCUGCAGAGCCAGCACAACGUGACAGUGCACGUGUCCGACGUCAACGACAACGCGCCCACCUUCAGCCAGGCCCUGUACACCCUGUUCGUGCUGGAGAACAACAGCCCCGCGCUGCACAUCGGCAGCGUGAGCGCCAGCGACAGGGACGCGGGCGCCAACGCCCAGAUCACCUACUCGCUGCUCACACAAGACCACACAACGCAGCAGCCACAGCCACAGGGGCAGCCGCAGGGGCAGGGACAGGAGCAGGGGCAGGCUCGGCCGCAGGUGGACGUGGGCGCGCUGGUGGCCCUGGACGCGGCGAGCGGGCAGCUGUUCGCGCUGCGCGCGCUCGACUACGAGACCCUGCGCGCCUUCGAGUUCGGCGUGCGCGCGUCGGACGGCGGGUCUCCGGCGCUGAGCGGCGAGGCGCGCGUGCGCGUGGUGCUGCGCGACGCCAACGACCACGCGCCGCGCGUGCUGUACCCGCCGCGCAACGGCUCAGCGGCGGGCGCGUGCCCCGAGCUGGUGCCGCGCGGCGCCGAGGCGGGCUACCUGGUGAGCAAGGUGGUGGCGGUGGACGGCGACUCGGGCCGCAACGCGUGGCUGUCGUACGAGCUGCUGCAGGCCACGGAGCCCGGGCUGUUCGGCGUGUGGGCGCACAGCGGCGAGGUGCGCACGGCGCGGCCUGUGAGCGAGCGCGACGCGCCGCAGCAGCGGCUGCUGGUGCAGGUGCGCGACCACGGCGAGCCGCCGCUCUCGGCCAGCGUGGCGCUGCACGUGCUGCUGGUGGACGGCUUCUCGCAGCCCUACCUGCCGCGGCCCGACGCGCCGGCGGGGAAGGCGGGCUUGGCGGGACUGGCGGGACUGGCGGGUGUGGGGGGCGAGGCUGGGCAGGCGGAGGCGCUGACGGUGUCGCUGGUGGUGGCGCUGGCGGCGGUGUCUUCUCUGUUCUUGGCGUCUGUGUUGGCGCUGGUGGCCGCGCGGCUGUGUGGGCGUGGCGGUGCUGAGGGUGCUGUGGCGGUGGGGUCUGGGUGUGGGGUGUCUGUGGGCGAGGGCCACUUGUUCCCUGCGGGGGCUGGGUGUGGUGGUGUGGGUCCUCUGGUGGACGUGGGCGGGGCGGGGACGCUGUCUCACAGCUACCAGUAUGAGGUGUGUGUGAGUGGAGGGAGUGGGACAGGUGAGUUCAAGUUCAUGAAGCCCGUUAUGCCUAAUCUCCCGCCACCGUUUUCUGGGAACGAAUUGGAGGAGAACCCCAAUUUUCGGAAUAGCUUCCCAUUCAGUUAAGUAUUAGGUUCGUCCACUAAACCCUGCUUGCUAGGUUGGAAU